CCGGACAUCCCCUGUCGAGAAGAGUUAUGGGAAGACGUUGUGCGAUAAGAAGACGCCACCUUUGAAUUUUGCACCAUCAUGGCGCAAUGCAUGAUUUCCGGUGAGCAAGAUCGACGCUUAGCCCAAUGCUCCAAGCGGGCUACACGCGACUAUGAUAUAGCAACGACAGAUUGACCUAUACGCAUUUUUAAGUUAAGCUCUUUGGUAUUACACUAUACUCUUAGUAAUAAUAAUUAUAUAAUGUGUGUAGAGGGACACUGGCGAUUCGGCGGCUCGUCUUCGAUGUCUAUGGUUCUGUGUGAUUUUUGCGGCAAUGGCGAGCAGGGAUCUUUCUUGGGAAGGCAAGAUCGAUGGAAGUUACGCGGUGGUUACUCGGGAUGUUAACAUCUUGUCUUGUCUAUUCUCUUUGGGAGUUUAGGGUCAGUUUGGUGAAACGAUCAUAUGCAGUAGUUUUACCUUUACAUUUUGAUGCACAGUAAUUGUGGAGCAAUAGAACUUCAGAUUUUUCUCCCUCCCAUUGGUUUCCCAGAAAAUAACAGGUCAUGGGCUUGGCAGUCUGAUUUCGCAAGGGGAGCACAUACAUACCGUAUAAAUAGACGCACUGUACGCAGCUUUGAUGAGUUGUUAGAAAGUUUGGCGGACCUCAACGAUCAUUGAUUACAUGAUGUCAGCUAAGUUUAUCAUCGUCUUUGUAUCUUUAUAUCUGGUUGUUACACUGCCUUCGUCUUUACCAUGCGAAGAACCAGACGGAAUGGCUUACCCACGUGGCAGCGAGGGCGUUUGGAAUGUGCUAUGCCCAUUCCGACUGUGCAAAGCGUACCUCGGCAAGCCUGGACAGACAAUUCCCGGUUUCUACUACAAAGCAAACCUAAGUAACAAGUACGCUUGCAACAAAAUCGGCGGAAUAUGCCAGGCCGUCUGGUCGUCUGUAUCUUUUCUGCAGUUCAACGCAACAGAUAGCUACCAAUGGAAUUGGAAUUCGACGAGGGUCACCGUCGCUUAUGCGUGCAAAGCAAAAAUCUCAGGAUUGACCAAGCGCGACACCAGAUUGACGAGGUUUUCUGGUAUGAAAUCUUUGGUGCAACGCAAUGCUACCUGUUGGAAAGAAAAGAUGCACCAGUUGCUGUCCACAGGAAAGGUUGAGUGCUCAAACUCUGGAGAAGGGCCUGAAAAAUGCUGUAUAUCUACUCAAAAUGACUUUGAAUGAGACGAGAGACAGUAGAGCGUAGUGUUUGGCUCCUUGAUCAGUCUCUAAAAAUCUUUUAUUUUAUGCAUAUAUUUUAUUACAGUUUCUACAGACAUAUCUAGAUCUCUUCAUUUGCUUCAGUGCUUCUAACAAUAUACUAUCUUGUAGCAAUUUGUCACAAUUUCCAUUGUAUGUUAUAUAGGC